AUGCUCAACUUACCUUCUCUCAUUCCGACUGCUGGUACCAAGACUGCUCCCGGAACCGCCGCUCAAACGCCUUUUCGAGCACGUCAACAGGCUUCUGCCUCGAGACAGCAUACAAGGAAUCUCGAGGCUGGCAUGGCCGGUGUUGCAAGGGUCACCAGUCUUCUGAAGGAGGUCCAGCUGGGUGAAAAUGAAAAGAGGGAGGUACUAAAAGAAGCUGCUACAAAGCAGGCGGAAGCAGAGGCAAGAAAGCUUCAGACAUCGCAAACCAUCUUUGACGCCGAGAAGUUGAGGCUCGAAGCUCUCCCCAAACCCGCGAGUGGUAACGCUGCGAUUGCCGAAGACGUUCAAAUGCCACUCCGGGAUCCCUACAUGACUUCGAAUGAGUCUGCGCCCGCCGCUCGGCUUCCAUCCCUCGAAUUACGCGAGAAGAUAUGGAAGUCCCUCCAACUGCAGCCCGUGAGCCCUCAAGGGCCUAUCGUCGGUCCUUUUGCGGUUGCCCUUCCAUCAUGGAUUGACUUUCAUGAUCUGAUCUUUGGCCCUCGUGGUAGUUUGGUCACCAAGCUCCGGUCUGGCAUGUACAACCGAGACCUCCACGUCAGCUGGGCUGUUGAUAAGGGCCGAGCCGUUGCUCUGGUUGUUGGGCCACAUCCAGAGUUCACACAUAGCGCCGAGAACCGCAACCUCUGGAAGGAGUUGCGAAACCUCUGGCUGAAGGUCCUGGAGUGGGUGUUGCUCGCCUGCCAAGGUAACCCCUUUCGUCUCGUGGACUUCUUGGGGGACUAUCAAAUCCUCGAGAUCGAGGUCAACUUGCUCCUCGACUCGGAAAUCCUCGGCCGGCUGAUGGAAGCCUGGGAGAAGCUCAGUACCGACCCUGUCCAGUCUUCGGCGAUGGCCGCGGCAAAAAAAGCAAACUUGAUCGCCUGGACACCUCGAAUCUUUGCAAUGCUGAAGUACCCAGGCACUCCUCUGUUGCUUCAUUCUUGGGUCCAUGAGUGUUGGGAGAACCGGGAUGAAAUGAAGGAACGUGUAGGCGUCGCCCGAUACCUAUGGUCUCAACAUGAUCAUGUUGCUGCUUUCAUAUGGCAGCGUCAAAUGAUGGAUGAGAUCAAGGCUUAUGAAGAGUAUCAAACGUAG